GCCAGUAUCACGAGCGCAGGCGGUGAACGCGUUGUCUUCUUGAGCAAUUACAUUUAUUUAUUGAUGAAUCCUUUCGAUAUUAAACAUCACACACGAGCGAUUUAGCGAAUGGUGAUUUUCAAGGGUUAUUAACACGGCGUGGGGGAAAUAAUCGUGUUUAUAACCGUGUUUUGAGGAGGAUUGGAGAUAUGGAUUCUGCUGCAAGAACUAAAUCAAGCAAAGACCUGGAAAUUCAGCGACCUGAAAAUGAGAAGAUAUCUGCUGGUGGACCCAAAAGAGUUCCAGUUGCACAGGGCGUUCAGAAGCCUGUAACGACACCUCACACGCAUGUUCUGGGCACGGCACAAGGACCACAGCGGGUUCAGCGGACAGCAAGUCAGCAGAAACCCGUUACACACACAGUUCCUGUGAAAAAGUCCUGUCCUGGGAACCAGAACAUCAACCCUGAGCAAGUCAAAACACAAAAUAAACCACCACAGAACCAACCAAAACCAAACAUCCAGAACACUGUUUCUGCAGCUGAAUCCAGCAAACGGGACAAACCUCACCAAACACCUUCUAAUGGAAUGUCAAAUAGUGCCAAUAAAGCGUGGAGUUUAGAGAACUUUGACAUCGGCCGAGCUCUGGGCAAAGGGAAGUUUGGUAGCGUGUAUCUGGCCAGAGAACGUCAGACGAAAUUCAUUCUGGCGCUCAAGGUUCUGUUUAAAAAGCAGCUGGAGAAAGCCGGUGUGGAGCAUCAGCUGAGGAGAGAGGUGGAGAUCCAGUCCCAUCUCAGACAUCCAAACAUCCUGCGUCUCUAUGGUUACUUCCACGACACGGCCCGUGUUUAUCUCAUCCUGGAGUUUGCUCCUAAAGGAGAACUGUAUGGAGAACUCCAGCGCUGCGGAACGUUUGAUGACCAAAGAAGUGCCACAUAUAUAAUGGAGCUUGCAGAUGCUUUGAGCUACUGUCACUCAAAGAACGUGAUCCACAGAGACAUUAAACCCGAGAAUCUGCUGCUGGGUGCCAAUGGAGAGCUGAAGAUCGCAGACUUUGGGUGGUCUGUGCACACUCCAUCAUCCAGGAGAUCAACACUGUGUGGAACACUGGACUAUCUUCCUCCAGAGAUGAUUGAAGGCAAAACUCAUGAUGAGAAGGUGGAUCUGUGGAGUCUUGGAGUGCUCUGCUAUGAGUUUCUGGUCGGCCGUCCACCGUUUGAAACCAAGAGUCAUGAGGAAACUUACCGCAAGAUUUCCAGAGUUGAAUUUACUUAUCCAGCACAUGUGAGUGAAGGCAGCAGAGAUCUGAUCAAUAGACUACUGAAGCACAACCCCAUGCACAGACUUCCCAUCCAGGGGGUCAUGGUGCACCCUUGGGUCGUGGAGAACUCUAUUAAGAAGCCAACCACUCACACGGCAGCCAAAUAACGAUGUGUUUGGAUUUUCACUUUAGUGAUGUGAACUAUUGGAAAGACUGAUACGGCAGUAAUCGCUUUUGCUGCCGCUCUUUGGAAUAACUUUAUAAUUUGUAUGUUAUCUGUUGUGCUGUUUAUCAUUUUCAUGCUGUUUGUAAAUAUGUAAUUGUUAAUAAGGCACAUAUUGUAAACUUUUAUCCGUUACUUGAAACAAUAAAUAUUUUUUAUUCAGUUAUAAAUAACUUGCAAGGGAUUUCAAUCUUGAACUUUUUUUCCUUUUUUGUUUUUAUUUUUUAUUUGUUUUCUCCCCAAUUUGGAAUGCCCAAUUCCCAAUGCGCUCUAAGUCCUCGUGGUGGUGUAGUGACUCGCCUCAAUCCGGGUGGUGGAGGACGAAUCUCAGUUGUCUCCGCGUCUGAGACCGUCAAUCCGCGCAUCUUAUCACGUGACUUGUUGAGAACGUUACCGCGGAGACAUAGCGCAUGUGGAGGCUUCACGCUAUUCUCCACGGCAUCCACCCACAACUUACCACACGCCCCACCGAGAGCGAGAACAACAUUAUAGCGACCGCGAGGAGGUUACCCCAUGUGACUCUACCCUCCCUAGCAACCGGGCCAAUUUGGUUGCUUAGGAGACCUGGCUGGAGUCACUCUCACGAUUCCAGGUGUGACAGUCAGCGUCUUCACUUGCUGAGCUACACAGGCCCCAAUCUUGAACUUUUAACGUAUUUCACUACUGCUAUUGUGCUUUGAAUAAAUUCUGGUUUUCUGGAAACU